GAGUACUGUUGCAGUUCCCCCAAGUGGGUGUUUCUAUAGCGUAUUGGUGGAAAUUGAGUAACCGCGCAGAGCGACAGGGAAGCACAAGUGGAACGGAAGUUAUUUAGUUUUGGCUCCGUUAACUUUGUGAGAGAUGGCCGAGGGUGUAGCCGACGUAGUGAAAUCACUGUCAGAUUUGACAAGCGAGGACUUCCAGAAGUUGUGUGAGCGACUGGAAAGCCGAGGGGAAUUGAGUCGGGGAACCUACUCCAAGGAGGAUUUGGUGGACAUAUUGUCUUCCACUCUGGGCCACAGACAAGCGCUCUCUUCGAUCGAGGAUUCACUGAGUCUCCUCAAAGGAAAACUACCACAGAAAAGACUGGUGGACUUUCAACGUAUUAGACUUCGCCUCUUCUCGAUUGCGACUUCGUCUCAAGUGUUGACGAAGCUCGUAGACGAUGAUGUAUUGAGCCCAGCAGAGAGCAAACAACUACUAAAGGAACGUUACUUUUUGGCAAGGGCUCAGGCUCUGAUGGAUCUGAUUAUAAGCCGAGGUUAUUUAGGAAGCAGGAAGAUGCUGUUUCACCUCAAAUUGACAACUCCUGGACAUUUUGAAGACAUCGACGAGGAUCAAAUCGAGCUUCUGCUGAUGGGGCCUCAGAUGAUGACAACAGCGUCUUCCUCUUUUUGGACUUUCCUGCUGGAUAGGCUUCAACAAGAUGGUUUUUUGAAUCGUUCUGAUUGCGUACACAUACUGAAGAUCAGUGACAUUAAAGAACGGUCUCAGUCUCUGACCGAUCUGGUCGUACGGAAAGGUCCACGUGCAUGUAGGAGGAUGAUGUUUUGCCUAUGGACCAGAGAUGAUAUGUACGCCCCAUAUUUUAAAGCCAUAGAGGACGCUCAAAUGAAGCUUCUCAGAUUGAAAUCCAAGUUCAUCUCAUUGGUCUUCUCCCCGCUUUUGCAUAAACUGUCGGAUGAUCUAACAAAGGAUGGAUUAUUGAGUCUCAGAGACAGAGAAGAAAUACGAGAGAUUCCUGAUAUUAGAACCAAGACUCGGUAUGCGAUUGAUCUGGUUCUAUCCAAAGGUCCAUCAACAUGUUUGAAGAUGCUCUUCUUCCUAAAGCUGAGAGAGCCUUCAAUUUUGGAAAUCAUCGACAGUGAAACCAGUGGGACCAGUAAGAUCCAUGGGGCCAGUGGCAAAUUUAAAAUGAAAAUUAAGCCAUCUGUUGACAUAUUUACGAUUAUCCACGCUGAGUGGCUCACUGGAGGCAUAACGUCGACGAUUGACAAGAGUGAAUGGACUAAACUUGAACCGGAAGUGCUUCGUCUUGAUGGGACUUGGUACAGAUUGCAGUGUGGACCGGGUAAAUUCGAAUGCCGUGUGUCGGGCCUGCGUUGGAUUUCUUCGAAGAAAAUGAGCUUCAAAUACCGCUUUGGUCAUUGGUGGGAACAUAAGGACAAGCUGGAAGCCAUGCUUUCCAUAGCUGGAGGCCUACUCUUGGACCUCACAGUCAACGAUGGACAGUUUGAUGACGUGUAUCUACCGCACUGGAUCAACAUCGAUGAUAAGACUAUCCCUGGGCCGCAGUUAGCGGUUCUGUGUGUACAUGCUGACGGAUAUAUUGUGGACAAAGUGUCUGAGGCCACAUCAUCCCAUGUCAGGCUACCAUACCCAAAUUUCUCUGUAAAAGGAGUGAUCGUCCGGAUUGGCCGCGUGUUUGGCUAUCGACUACCUCUGAAGUGCAAAGUGUUGAUCUAUCAGACCACCAAAACCUUCCUGACACUGCAUGUUUAUCUGAUCUUGUUUGACCCCGCUCUCGAAGAGGCACUCGACAAGAAGGCACACAGUUUAAAUUAUGUCAAGAUUGAGAAGCCUUACCCUGAAGGACCCUUGGAACUGGAUGACCGAUUCUCGCUCAAAGCUGAUAUUGCCGAUGCGGUGAUAUCCCCAGAUCAUUAUAUGCUCACAGAUGAAAGGAGAGACCCAAAUUUCUUUGAGGUGCACAUUCAGCAACCAAUAAUAUUUGGUCUCAGACUGGAGAAUGCACGUGGACAAGUGUGGAGAUGUAUGAUUCGACAGCAUGACUACAACAACCAACAGCUUAUUUGGCCAGGAAUGAGGACAUGUGAUGACUACACAACCCCACGGUCUAUUUCGCCAGGAAUGAGUACAUGUGAAUCAGCGCUCCGCAGAGUAAGGGCUGAUUUUGCGGCGCGGGUCAGUGACGAAGUCAUUAAUCAGUUGAUGGAUGACCUUUUGGGUAUAGACCUGAAUGACGGUGAGAAAAAUGCAAUAAUGCAAGACAACCCGAUUUGCACACACAAGGCACGUGCACUGAUCGACACGGUCAUGAUGAAAGGAAAUGAAGCUUCCAGGAGGAUGAUCGGUCACCUUGAGCACAGGGACCGUACACUUCACACCCAUCUGAGGCUACCUCAUGUAUGAGAGUACCCAAAGAAAAGCCAUGCUGGCAUUAAUAAACAUACCUCACAAUGUUACAAAAGUCAACAUUAUACUUUUAUACCACUCUUAUUGUAAAGCACUGUAAAACCAAAAAUUGAGAUUUAUACAUAAAUUAAUUGAUGUGAUGUAGAACUUCAAAUUACUUGUGAUCCCGAGUAAUAUCCUAUAUAUUUUUUUCAUCAUAAACAAUUUAUUUGUAAAUAAAAAAAAAAUCUUAUAGGAUUUAUUUCCUGUGUUGCUUCAUUGGAAGUUAACCUUUAACCUGUGUUAGCUUUCUGGUAUCAUCUCCUCUAUUAAUGGGUCGGUUUUGACCCGUGUAUUAAAUCAGGUAUAAAAUACACUAAAAACAAUAAGUUACCAUGAAAUUUACUUCUCAUGUCUUGGUUACCUUCUUAGGCUUCCUCAUCCAUGAAAAUGUUGGUUUUAAUACUUUUGGUGUGGCCAUGUUGGCCUUUUUUUGUCACUAUACCCCUCCAUUUUAAUUUCCAAAAAUGGUAAAAAUGAACCUCAAAAGAAUCAUAUUAAUAAAUUGAAUUAUUUUGUUACCUGGCUAUUACUGAGGGAUAUACAACAUAUCUCUUAAAUCAAUUAGUUUUAUUUAUUAUAUUAUAUAUUAUUAUUAUAUUAAUGUCAAGAAAAGGUAGAAAAAGUGAUUUUCAGCAACAGAACUUUAGUAUAAAGUGAAAUAAAAAAAAGCAUAACAGGUCCAGAUCUUCUUGCCAUUCUUUCCAUGAUCCAAAAUGUAAAUGUGAAAUCAGCCAAUCAAAUGAGUGAAUUCACGUCACAUGUAUACUGGAAAAGCGGUCAAAAUGAGAAUCCCCUGAAGCUUCCAUGAUGAGAAGAGGAGCUGGUUGUCAUUGUGUUGGCUAAUUGUAUACUUAUGAUUUCAGUUGUGGCUCAAAAUAUUGCUUUAUAGUCAUAUUAUUAUAACCGGGUCCAAACUGACCCUAACAAUAGUGGUCAUAAUUUCAACUAAACCAUUUUAAAAUGUUCUUCUUUUCUUCUUCUUUUUAUGCAUUAAAAUGUAAAACGGGUCGGUGCCGACCCCAACAAGUAUACUUAAUGUACUGCAAAAAAGGUCAGUAAGGAUAAUUCAUAAUGCCGCCUACAGAGAAUGUACUAACUCCUUAUUUCUAAAAUCACAAAUACUUCAACU